AUGCCAGCAGACGACUUUUUCAUCGAUGGCGGCGUCGCUCCCAUGAUCCCCGAAUUCUUCGUCCUGGACUUCAAAACCUCCUACAAAUUCUGGACCGAGAUCCUAGACUUCAAAGUCGUCUUCGAGCGUGAAGGCUACGCCUACCUACGCCGCGGCACCGUCGAAUUCAUGAUCGCCCAAGCCCACCGUCACUGGGCGACGGGUCCUUUUGACCUCCCUCUGGGCCGGGGCAUCAACUUCCAGAUCUUUGUCGACGACCCGGAUGCGCUGGCCAAGAAGCUUGUCGAAUCCGGCUACCCGCUGUUCGACGACGUCAAGGAAACCUGGCCCACCUCCGGAGGUGUAGCGCGCGGAUACCGACAGUUCCUAGUCCAGGGACCGGAGGGAUACUUGCUGCGGUUCGCGAAGAAACUGGGCGUCCGGCCUGCUGAGAAGGAUACGGCGCCGCCGCCGGCUUCUGAGGAUGUUACUGUGCCGGAUAAAGUGUGA